AUGAGAGUGGCGCGGAAUGUGAUAGUGAAGGUUGUGCAAUUGCUAGCGUGGAAGGACGAAGUGAAGAAACUAAGCAAUGGUCAGGAGAUUCCGAGGAGCUCCAAGCUAAUCACCUUGAGACCCUAUCUGGACGAAGAAGGAAUGAUGAGGGUGGGCGGAAGACUGCACCAAUCAUCAUUAGCCGAGGACGCCAAGCAUCCUUUGGUGAUUCCUGCAGAUCAUCAUUUCACCAAGCUGGUCAUAACGGAAAGACAUUGUGAGAUGGCCCACGCCGGGCCUGCUACCACCUUAGCAGCAGUAAGGUGCGAAUUCUGGCCGAUAGCUGGAAGAAGCAUAGUCAAGAAACUCGUGAGGAACUGCGUCGUGUGCCGCAAGGCCAAUCCGGUCCCGUGUCAGCAAUUAAUGGGACGGCUUCCGGAGGCGCGGGUACAAGAAUCGAGACCCUUUUCAAGGGUGGGAGUCGACUACUGUGGUCCGUUCAUGGUGAGAGAUCGCGUUCGACGGAACAGCAGACAAUACAAGGCUUACGUGGCCGUGUAUGCGUGCAUGGCCACCAAGGCGGUUCACAUAGAGCUAGUGGACGAUAUGACAACGGACGCAUUCCUGGGUUCAUUGAAGAGAUUCACGGCGAGGAGAGGAUUGCCUUCGGACGUCUACUCGGAUAAUGGAAAAAACUUCGUAGGCGCUGAGCGGGAGAUCCAGCGAGUGCUCAGGGAUUCCCAGUGUUUGGAGAAACUCCACGGGCAUUGCGCCAAGAACGGGAUAAAAUGGCACUUCAUUCCUGCUAGGGCUCCGCACUUUGGAGGCCUGUGGGAGGCUGCGGUCAAGACAUUGAAACGACACUUGAAGCGGACUAUCGGAAGCGCUUCGCUCACGGUAACGGAAAUGAUAACGGUUCUGAGUCAAGUUGAGGCUAUGAUGAAUUCAAGGCCUAUAACACCAUUAUCGGAUGACCCUCGAGAUCUGGACGCCUUAACACCAGCGCACUUCCUGAUAGGCAGCGCAAUGGCAUCGCUACCGGAACCUGACCUGCAGGAGACACCGAUUUCCAAGUUGUCUAGGUGGCAGCAUGUGGAACUCCUCCGUCAGAGAUUUUGGUCACGUUGGCAGACGGAAUACUUAGCCACGUGUCAACAACGCUUUAAAUGGAAGACUCUGAAGCCGGACGAGUUGCUGAAGGGGCGACUGGUAAUGUUAAAAGAAGAUGAGACCAUGCCUUUCAAAUGGACAAUGGCGAGAAUACUAGAGGUGCAUCCAGGGGCGGACGGGUUGGUGCGCGCGGUAACUUUGCGGACGGCAAAGGGGAGCUACAAGCGACCCGCAGUAAAGAUAGCGCCGAUUCCAUGCGAUUAA